CGCUUUCGCUACACCUGAGGGAUUACAAAAUUAUUCUGUGUCGUCGCUGGUGUCCGGGUUGGAGGGCGAUCUCUCUGCAAUGGGGAUGUGGUCUCUGGGGCUGGGGGCUGUGGGAGCUGCCCUGGCUGGAAUCUUCUUGGCCAACACAGAUCUUUGUCUUCCUAAAGCUGCUAAUGCCUCCCUGGAGUUUCUUGAAGAGGCUGACCUGCGAUGCACCCUCGACCACACCAAGGUCAUCAAAGCAAAGAGGCUGUGGGAUAAGAAUGGAGCUGUGGUCAUGGCUGUACGGCGACCUGGAUGAUUUUUGUGCAGAGAGGAGGCCUCUGAGCUCUCCUCUCUGAAGCCCCAGCUGGAAGAGCUCGGGGUCCCUCUGGUCGCUGUGGUGAAGGAGAACCUCGGCUCAGAGAUCCAGGACUUCCGACCGCACUUCGCUGGGGACAUCUACAUAGAUGAAGAGAAACGCUUCUACGGUCCGCUGCAGAGGAGGAUGGGAGGUCUCGGAUUCAUUAGAAUUGGAGUGUGGCAGAAUUUCAUCAGGGCGUGGAAAUCUGGUUAUCAGGGAAACAUGAACGGAGAGGGCUUCAUCCUCGGAGGCGUGUAUGUCAUCGGAGCAGGAGAGCAGGGAAUCAUCCUGGAGCACCGUGAAAAGCAGUUUGGAGAUAAAGUGGACACAGCAGAUGUUCUGAAGGCUAUACAGAAAAUUGUCCCAGCAAAAUAAGUUUUGUGAGCAAUAGAGAAACACUGAAAUAGUUUGAA